AAAUUCCGGCCGCAGCUGCCUGGCCGCGGGACCCGAGCGGCGGGAGGGCCUUUGGGGGGCGGCGCGGCGGCGCCCGAGGACGACGAGGAGGACGACGACGAGGAGCUGCUGGAAGUGCGCCUGGUGGAGACCCCCGGGCGGGAGCUGUGGAAGAUGGUCCCGGCGGGGCGGGCUGCCCGGGGACCAGCGGAGCGCGCCCAGGGGCCGUCGGGCGAGGGGGCGGCUGUCACCACCGCCUCCCCGAAUCCGUCGGAGGACGAGGAGCCGGAGGAAGAGGAGGAGGAGACCACGGCGGCGGCGGCGGAGGAUGGCGAGGAAGAGACGGUGGCCUCGGGAGAGGAGACGCUGGGCUUUCUGUCCAAACUGCCCCCGUGCCCAGCCGGCCUGGACUGCAGCGCCCUCGACCGCGACCCGGACCUGCAGCCUCCCUCGGGCACGUCGCACUUCGAGUUCCCGGACUACUGCACCCCCGAGGUCACCGAGAUGAUCGCGGGGGACUGGCGCCCGUCUAGCAUCGCCGACCUGGUUUUCACCUACUGAGCCCACCGUCAGCGGGGCGCGCAAGCCCCCAAACCAGCUGUUUACAUACAGGAAUCAGGUAUUGGGGCCCCUCGGAGGCCGAGGCUGGCACCCCAACUCCCACGCAGCCUCCCCCCUCCUAGACGUGCCCAUCCCCCUCGAAUCCAGACAUGCCCCUCCCCCGCAGACACACCCCAGGAGAGCCCAACCCCCACCCUCCCCCUGACAUCCAAGCCCCUCCCCGUCCUGCCCCCUCCUGCACAGCCACCAGCAGCCAGCCCCCCUCCGACACACCUCCCGUCCUUGCCUGCAAACCUGUGCCCCUCCCCCACUAUGCACUUGCCCUUCCUCGAGGCCGGAGGACACGCCCCUGCCCUUGCUCUGGGAUCCCUCCGCCUUCGCCCAGCCCGCCUCCUCUCUCGUCGGAGGGGGCGCUGGGGCCCGGCGGCCCCGCGCGCUUCUCCCAGGCCCCUCCCCUCCCACGGCGGGGGGAGGGGCGCGCUCCUGGUGCUCCGGGAGCGCUGGGGCCCGCCCCCUUCUCGCGCAUGCUUAGUGCUUCUUGGAGGAGGGGGCUGGUCCCUCUGUCCAGCGCUGGGGAGAAGCGGGGUGGGUGUGGAGCCAUCCUGAGAAAUAUUCUGAUUCGGGAGCUGCGGCUCCCUUUCAACCCGACGGGGCGUCUCUGCCUUAAUAGGGAGGAGCACUCAGGAGGGGGAGGAAGGGCCUAGCUGGUCCGAAGGUGUUGGUUUGGAACUUGGAACUGCCCCAAGGGGCAUAACCCCCUUUUGCUUACGGCGUCGCCCAGACCCACAUGCAAACCCCCCACCCCCUCCACACACACACACACACACACCGACUGCGUGAAUGCCUCUACAGCCUAUUUUGGUGUCCAGAAACCUCUCUUUCAUUCCCCCACCUGGGAAUUGGGGGUAGGGUCUUUUCCUGGAAACGCACCAGGAGACAAAAGGGGCCACCUACCAAGAAAACUCAGAACCACGACACAGACCAGGCUGUGUGGGGACAGGGUCCCCUCCUCCCCCGGAAGUGCCCUGUCACUCCAGGGCACUCCCAGCCGGGCUGCUCCUCGAGCCCACAGCCCCAUUCCAUCACCCAAGCUCCUCUGUGCCCGCAGUGAUCGUGUUCAGUGGGAGAAACCGAGGCACGAAGCUACUAGGGGUUGAGACUGAGGCACGAUAGCAGACGGAGUGGCAAGAAGAGCCUCGUGUUAAAGCCGCUGACUUGAGAGAGUCCAUCGGCUGGACCAGUGAGACUGAAGGGCGGUCAGAGCAGUGCAGGUGUGCCCUGUGCGCCUCAGUUUUUCCAUGAAAAAUAGGGAUAGAGCUGCUGUAGGAGGAAGUUGUGUCCAGGUUCGGGUGCCUUCGGGACCCUGCCCCUGAUGUUACCCCCGUUACUCCAAUUCUUGGCUCAAGCCCCGCCCCUCCGGCCUCCCCCGACCCCCCUUGCCCUCACUACCUGUAUCUCACCGGCGUGUGUUCACCCUCCCAGGUGCGCACACACACUCAUUCACACACACAAAUCUCAGGAACAAACGGUCCCAGAGUCCUCCGGGACCCCUGCCCAGGGUCUCUGCUGGUCUCUGCCCCACGCGUUCCCGUCGCUGACAAAGCCACCAGCUGCCUCCUUUACGCUUGGUGCUCCGGCUCUGGGCCUUUUCUUGCGCUCUCUCUCUCUCUCUUUCUCUUUCUCUCUUUUUUUAAGUAAAACAACAACAAAAAGACAAUGAAAAAACCCAGAAAACGUCAUGUGAGUGAAGAGAUGUCAUUGUCUGUGGUCUUGGAGAACUAGUCUAGUAGCUGAAGGGAGGGAUCCCUCCCAUCUGGGGCACUGGCACCCACAGCAGGAUUGAUGCCAGUCUGAUGCCAGGACUGAAUAAAGUGUAUUUGCCCCUA